CUCCAAGUAGAGUUGUUUGUCUUCGUAUCCACGAAAUAAAAAAGAAAUAUUUUUAAAAUGAAGUUCACAGCCAUUUUCAUGAUGGUCAUGGCGCUGCUCGCUAUGUUCGUCGGCAGUCACGCCAACCCAGCACCCAAGGUCCCUGUGAAGCAGAUUGGCAAAGCUGUUGGUAAAGGAAUCGGCGUGCUUGGUGCCGCGGGAACAGCUCACGAAAUAUACAGGAACAUCAAGGAUAGGAGAUCAGGCUGAUCGGAAAAAUUCAAUCAUUCAUUAGCUUCUAGAUUAACGAUAUUACAAUUUUGGGACCAAAAAGUUUAAUAAAGUUCAAUGUUUUUUACAAUUA